UUGACAUUGUCAAUCAAUACUUUAGGAAGCACAAAAACAGUGGUGUUUAUUUUAUAUUAUUUUAUUUUUUUGUCGCUCUUACAUAAGUCAGCCACCAUGGUCGAAGGCAAGUGCACGUUUGGCACGAGGAUGCCGAUAGACAUUCACAUGCUCAACGAAAUCAUUUACCGGGAAGUGAAACACUUCAAGAAUUACAAGAUUUACAGACCUAACUUUGGAUCCAUCCCGGUAACUGGUAAGUUCUACGCGGCGCACGACCAGUUGACAGCAGAGUCUCAAGAGCAGACCGAGUUGGUGGAUGACUACACUCACAACGUGGCACAGACCAGGGCCAAGGGCCCUCGCAGCAAAUACUCCUCACCGGCUACGGAGAACCAGUCGUACGGAUGGUACACCACGCCCCUAGUCCCCAUGGACCGGAAUGACACAAGGUUCUAUCACCCAAUGACGGAGAGUCCGCAGACGAAAAUAGAAAUCAUCAUCUCCAUGUCAAACCCUAAGAAUAAGAAAGACUAAUAAUUUAAACUAUUUGCAAACAUCGCUUAUAAUAGCUAUAAAUGUGAAAGUAACUCCGCCAGUCUAUAUGUUACACUUUCAAGGCUAAACCACUAAAACGAUUCUGAUAAAAAAUGGUAGAGGAAUAACUUGAACCUCUAGCAAGGCAAGGACAUGAUUGACCCUCAAUAAAAGAUAGCGAAACAGUGAAAAUCAAAAGCUGGCUAUUGAUACAUAAUUACAUUCAGAAUAGUUUUGUGUUACUAACUAUUUUUACUAUGAUAAAGCACUUAAUUCGUUGCCGGAUAUCAUCUCUGAGAUCAAAAUAGCUUUUGAGCGGUUUUCGACGCAAUAUCACAAUCAAGAUUCAGGCUACAGUAGAGCCGUAAUGUAUCAAAGCACUGUAAAUUAUCAAAAUCAUUCUAACCUAUACUAAUACUAGCUGUUGCCC